AUGCAGAAUCCCAAGUUUCCUACCUACACCCCGGUUAAGAAAAAGAGGCUGGGGAAGAAUCCUAAUGUCGACACCAGCUUUCUUCCAGACUGGGAAAGAGAGGUAAAAGAAAAUCGCCUGAGGGAGGAGCUUAGACAGGAAUGGGAGCGGAAGCAGGAGAAAAUCAAAAGUGAAGAAAUUGAGAUCACUUUCAGUUACUGGGAUGGAGCUGGACACCGGAAAACAGUCAAGAUGAAGAAGGGCAAUUCUAUUGAGCAGUUUCUCCAAAGAGCCCUGGAGGUUCUGAGAAAAGACUUCAGAGAGUUAAGGUCUGAUAGAGUGGAGCAGCUCAUGUACAUUAAGGAGGACUUGAUCAUCCCCCAUCACUUGACCUGUAUCAAUUUUAAUGCUAAGAGCAAAUUUGUGUGUCUUAAUCCAGGACCACUUUUCAGUUUUGAUGUUCAUGACGAUAUCCGAUUGGUAAAUGAUGCUACAGUUGAGAAAGAUGAGACUCAUGCAGGAAAAGUGGUUUUGAGGAGCUGGUAUGAAAAAAACAAACACAUAUUUCCUGCCAGCCGCUGGGAGCAUUAUGAUCCUGAAAAAAAAUGGGACAAUUACACGGGUCCACUCACCGGUCCAACGACGGUAUCCAGUGACGUGGUAGAAGGAUUCCUGCGUGUUCCUGUCUUUUCUUAA